AUGAGUGAAAAUAGAUCUAGAGAUUAUGAUUAUUUAUAUAAAAUAAUAUUAAUAGGUGAUAGUGGGGUUGGUAAAUCAUGUAUAUUAUUGCGUUUUUCAGAUGAUCAUUUUACUGAAAGUUAUAUAACAACAAUAGGUGUAGAUUUUAGAUUUAGAACAAUAAAAGUAGAUGAGAAAAUUGUAAAAUUACAGAUAUGGGAUACAGCAGGACAAGAAAGAUUUCGUACAAUUACAUCAGCAUAUUAUAGAGGAGCUGAUGGAAUAAUAAUCAUCUAUGAUACCACUGAUAGAAAUUCUUUUUUACAUAUUGAUGAAUGGAUGAAUGAAAUAAAUAAAUAUACUAAUGAAGACACUUGUAAAUUAUUAGUAGGUAAUAAAGCUGACUGUAGAGAAGAAAUUGAAAUAACAACAAAUGAAGGAGAAAAUAAAGCAAAAGAAUUAGAUAUUCCAUUUAUUGAGACAUCAGCAAAAGAUGCAACAAAUGUUGAAUUAGCAUUUACUAUGAUAACACAAGAAUUAAUAAAAAAAAAAAAAAAAAAUUCUAAUUCUAACAAAAAUAAUCAAACAAAAGUUAAAUUAUCAGCAGAAGAAAGGGCACAAGGAAGUUUUUGUUCUUGUUAA